AAUACGGGUAUUUAUAGUUUUGUUUUGUGAAAUUGUUAAUAUUAAGUCUUCCGACGACCUUUACUCUGAUACAAUGUAAUUGGCCGCGAUCGAGAAGUUGACGGCCAAUCUAUUUUUAGUACGGAAAACCCCUCGUGUGACGUCACACAAAAACGUCCUUUAACAAAACUCUCACGCCGAUAAACUUUACUUCCUUUGCCUAUCAAAAUGCUUAACCAAUCGUUAAGCGUUAACGGUUAAGUGCACUGUGAUUGAAUAUGUGAUUAACACAUGUUUAAUUUUAAGGUUAUGCAUGCGCAAUUAAUUUCCUUCUAUAUUACAUAUAAAACAGUUGAAGUUCGAUACCAAUUUUUACCAUGAUCAAGCGCAUACCCACUAUAUCAUCAUACAUCAUUGGAAAGAUAAAUGCAUAAUCUUUUGAAAAAAAUGCAUGUCAUUAAAUUCUAUGUGUGCUUACUCAAAAUAUUUACCUUAGAAUAGGCAAACCGGUUUUGACAGCUGUGCAGACAACCAUUUUGGGCUCAAAUAGUAUGACAUACUUUCAAAGCCGGGAACCAUCAAGACAAAAAGUAGAGCACAAAAUGGCUUAUUUUCUUAUUGCUUACAAAUAUACCUUCAAGUUGAUACCAAAACUAACCAUUUGCAAUGUAUUUUACAAAUCCUAGGCAGCAUGCACUCAACAAUGAGUGCUAAGUAUCAAACUGACUGCAUGUAACCCUAAAAACAGGAUGUAACCCUAAAAACAGGAGGUCCGGUUUCGGGUUAUGUGAACUUAAUUACUCGGAAACAUUAAAUACAAGUGCCUUUCAAAAGGCUUUUCCGCGAAAGGAAGUUAUGAUAUACAACAACAACAGCAACAACCUAUACAAACUUCCCGUGCAUUUCCAAAUAAAAGGCGAAAGUUUACGAAACUCUUACACAUUCAUCGUCAAUAACGGACACAUUGUUUUGUUGGAUUAUUACAAGUUGUCAAGUUGCAAGACGCAGUUAUGAACACGUCUGUGAUGGAAUCUGUUGAUACUUUUGAACCGGACAACUUUCUGGAAUGCCAGAUAGCACCCUGGAUUUGGCGCAUUGUUCCGGGAUUUUGCAUCUGUGUUGGGACGAUUGGCAAUCUGCUGAACGUCAUCAUACUGAAACGACUGAAUCUACGACGAUUCCCCAGGAAUAUAUUGCUAGUGUUUCUUGCAGUGAGCGACACAACGUUUCUUUGGACGUUGGCUCUUCAAUACGUCCUAUUGGCGUUAAACGGGUACAGCUUUCUCGAUAAUAGCGACUUUCUCUGUAGGACAACUGGCUUCGUUGGGUACACAGCUGGAGCCUUCUCUUCGUGGGUAAUAGUUCUUCUGACUAUGGAAAGAACGUUGGCGGUAAGGGCUCCAGUGUUUUCGCGAAACAAGCUAACCUUCAAGAAUUGUAUUUUAGCAUGCGGCGUGACACUGACCGUCAUUGCGGUACUCAAUUGCCACCUUCUUUACGGUUUCGACUAUAAGGAUUAUGCCAAGGGUGAACAAGUUAGUGCUGAAUACCAUGGUGUUGCUUUAAUGGCAGCGAGUAACUGUUCCUUUGUGUCAACGUGGUACAUGAAGUUUUAUGUCGCCGAUUGGAAUAUCAUUACAAUAACGUUGUAUUGUGUUAUACCUAUUGUUAUUACUAUUCUUGGAAAUAUAAAUAUAGCGAUGGUAAUAGUUUCACAAAGACGACAAAGGGCUAAUUUUCGUACUACUAAGAACAAGGUACCGGAUUGCGAUUUUACCAUGACUUCAAUCGCAGGUAUUUCGUCAACUGAUUUGAACGACGCAAACCUCAAGGCGCAAAAUACGAACAGUGCAAUGGUAGGUACAAUUAAUUCAGAAAAAUACGAAAACCAACGUAUAACGGACAUUUCCACGUCGCAUACGAAACCAACAAGAGACUGUUCUGUAAAUGAACAUGAUUUAUCAAUAACCAAAUCAGAUUGUAAGAAGAAGACACGGCAAAAAUCCCAAAGACAAUUUCAGAAGCAUAUGGCUGGUAAGGACAAAAGAGGCCAACACGCAACGCGACUUUUGUUUUGUAUCUGCACUUGUUGGAUACUUACAUUCAUCCCGUUUGCCGUUUUACAAGUUAUCCGAAGAAAUAUUGAUAUUGAUGUACCACCCAAAACGGCUUGCAUUCUUGAGCUUACAAGAGCGGUCACACAUUCACUGUUGUAUUUCAAUUUUGCAUUGAACUUUUUCUUUUACUUCGUUUCCGGAACGCUGUUCAAAAACGAAUGGAAGAAAAUGGUUCUCCAGACGAGACAAGCAUUAAAGAGACUUCACACAUGUUAACAUUGAGACUGGACUAAACAUUAGCCGCGUCACGCGAAAAUGGGUCUCUGGCAAUUGCAGUUACACACCAACUUGCAGAAUCGAAGUCUGGACAGUAGCUACGAUGUCAGUGAUAAAUAAAAGGCCCGGGCGUAGAGGAUUAAUUCCACGUCAUUUGUGAUUGUUCAUACUACCUUUUCCUACAACAAAAAUACAUUAAACGCAGUAACUACAUUACUCCAUCUGUUAGUUAGUUCAAUAGUUUAUUGACAUCAACACGUAAAUUUGAAAAUAUUAAUGUAAAUAAAUAUGUAAAGGAACCAUUAACUAUUCGAAAUUAUAAUUUCAAAAUGACUUAUUUAUUUUUGGAAUUGAUAUUGUACUGUACUACCCUUGGCAUAUGUCUAUGUAUCAAUUAUCAGUAUUUGAUAUUAUGUGCAAUAAUUGAUUUCUUUGUUUUUUAUUUUUGUUCAAAUUAUAUCAUAUAAGCAAUAGUUAAUGAAAAGUAAUAGUUUAUCUUUUCUGUUUUUAAAAUUAUCGUAUUUCUUCACAAACACACACACAUUCUUUAUUUGUAUUUAUCUGUCAGUUAACCCCUUGUUUAUUCUCCUUGUAAUAGUGUAUAUGAGUUUCUUGUGUUUAAAAAAAAAUAAAAAUAAUAAGUAUGUAUAUAUAUGCAUAUACGUGGUAUGUAGUUGUUUUUCAUGUGCUUAAAUAUGCUUUUUUAUACUCUCUUGUGUAUGUGUAUAUAUGUGCUAUUUAUUUGUUGUACUAUGGAGUUUUUGUGCAUGUGUUUGUAUAUGCUUUUAAACAUGAAUUGUGUGCUAUACUUGUUUUAAUAGCUUAAAUUUUAAUAUAGGUCUGCAAUGCUUUGUUUGUACAACUUAAAAGUGUGUAACAUAUGUUUUAAUUAUGAACUAUGCAAAAACAGCUCCAAUAUAGUUUUUAGGUAUAUUUCCCUUUGUCGUAUUCGUGUGUAACUUACAAAAUAUUAUACUUUUAAUGAACAUUUUUACUUAAUUUUGUGUUUUAUAUGCUUUAAAUAUGUCCUUGUACUAUAAAUGCUUUUAUAAUAUGCUUAAUCUUCCUUUCUUUCAGCUCAAUAUACACUUGCUAUAUACAUAUACAAUUGUUUUGUCGGGAAAUAGCUCAUGAGCUUAUGUUUAUUUUAUUCACAUCCGACGUUAAAUAAAGAUUCUUGUAUCUUG